CUUCUUACCUAAACCAAAACAUAAGUAAAUAGCUUAAUUUCAAAAGGAUUGCUGUACUGUAUCUGAGUUCUGUGCCCGUGAACCCACUCAUCCAAAAGAUCUCUGACUCCUUCCUUUCAUUCACACUUUUCACCGUGUACUCUUUUCUUCCAUCACCAUCAAGAUUCUCAUCCAACGCUCCUGAUUAAUUCCCCGUACCCUCACUGUCCGUGCAACUCCACACACCCCUCUAAUUUGGGUUAAUCCAGCUCCACAGUACUCAGAAGUCAGAACUUCAAGCACUGAAAAUCUCAAAUGGGGUCUUUGUUUUUCUCUCUGUUCAUGAUCAUCUCAGCUUCAGGAUUCCUAUUCAGAGCAGAAUCAAAGACAUUUUGGGGAGAUGCAGAGGUUCUGAAGAAACUAAAACAGAGCAUGGACCCUGCUUCAGUCACUCCAGGCUCAUGCGUGAGCUCCUGGGACUUCUCCAUCGACCCAUGCGACAACGUUUCAGGUGAGAAGUUCACCUGCGGGUUCAGGUGCGACGUCGUCGUUUCAGGGCUGAGCCGAGUCACCGAACUCAGUCUCGACCAAGCGGGUUACGCCGCCUCACUCUUCUCCUUCACCUGGAACCUCCCUUAUCUAGAAACCCUCGAUGUCUCCAACAACUACUUCUCCGGCCACAUCCCCGAUUCCUUCUCGAACCUGACUCGCCUCCGCCGACUCGGUCUCUCAGCGAACUCGUUCUCCGGCGAGAUACCCUCUUCAAUUGGUUCCCUCUCGAGCCUCGAAGAGCUCUACCUCGAUAACAACCACCUCGAAGGAGCAAUACCCAGAAGCUUCAACGGGCUUGUGAGCUUGAAAACACUCCAACUUCAAUCAAACAAGCUCGUGGGUCAGUUCCCAGAUUUGAGCUCCCUGAGAAACCUUAACUACCUUGACCUCAGUGCAAAUUCCCUCGCCGGAGCAUUACCGGCGUCGCUGCCGGUUUCCUUGAUUCAGAUUACAAUCAGGAACAACCAGUUAACCGGAGUCUUAGCCUCUGAAAGCUUCAAGGAUUUGGCAUACUUGCAGGUAGUGGAUUUGAGUGGUAACAGAUUCACUGGCUCUGUUCCCUCUGUUCUGUUUCAGCUUCCAUCGCUGCAACAAUUGACACUCUCCUUCAACCAAUUCUCCUCCAUAGAAACCCCUUAUCCAGGUUCCUCAUUGCAAAGCGGGCUCAUUGCGGUUGAUCUGAGCAACAACCAGCUUCAGGGGCUUCUACCAUCGUUCAUGGCGCUGAUGCCAAGGCUUUCAUCUUUGUCAUUGGAGAACAACCGGUUCACCGGUCUAAUACCGACCCUGUAUGCAGUGAAGACGGUUUUUCCUCAAACCGGGUUCGCUUCGUUCCAGAGGCUUCUGUUGAGAGGGAAUUACUUGCUAGGAGGGAUACCUCGGCUUCUGCUGACUCUGAAACCUGAUUCUGCUAAUUUGAGCCUUGUCGAUAACUGCUUGUUUAGGUGUCCUCAUGUUUUCUUUUUCUGUCAAGGUGGUCAGCAGAAAUCAUCAGCAGAAUGUAGUGGAUUUAGCCAACUCACCCAUUAGAUGAUGAUGAUGAUGAUGAUGAUUGUGGUUUGCAAUUUGCAUAGUUCUUUUGUUUGUUUAACUAGUGUACAAGUUUUGUUUUGUGUAUUAUAUUUCAUUUAAUUUUGAUUUAGGAUGAUGAUUAAUGAUUGGAGAUUUUGUCUUGAAUACUAGUAGUACUGGACAACUAUGAAUGUGAAUUCAGCAUUUUCAGCUGUGAGUGUGAGAGGUUACGAAGAUUAAAUGUGUGUUUUGGUCAACAAUGAUAAGAUCAAGUCGUCUAGUGCAAGAUUUUGUCUCUGCUGUGACGUUGCAACAUGUGAGUGUGGGGUGGGGAAAACCCACACGUUCGUGUAGUCGUUGAGGUUCUGCCGUUAUUGAACUGAACCAUUGUCAGAUGGUUGUUUUUCUAA